UAGCAAUUAAUAAAAGUAUAUGCUUCCAGUUCCAGUAUUUGUGGUCCCUCACAACAUUCAUUAAUAUCUGAUGGGAGAGGAGGAUCAAGCAAGAAACAAUAAUAUCAUCAAAAUGUUACUCUCUCUUCUCAAUCUAUUCGGGAUCAAGCUACACCACUCAUCCAAACGUGGUCAAUAUCAAAAGGAUAAUUAUAUUCUUGAUCCCCAGCCCGAGAUCAAUCCUUCAACUCAGUGGCUGGUACCAUUACCCGUCCACUGCAUAGCUGAAUCCGUGAAGAACCAACUGCCAGUGGUGCAAUACCGGGACUUUCUCAAGAUCAAAACAGGCCAACCAGCAGAAGCAGAAGAUGACUACAAUAACAAUGAUCAUAUGUGUAUUGUGUGCAUGAACAGCAUGGAAGGUAGCCAAGGGGUCAGAAAACUCUGCAAUUGUUCACAUGCUUUUCACAAGGAGUGCUUAGAUGUUUGGAUCGAUGAGGGUCAGCUCACAUGUCCUCUCUGUAGAUCUAACUUAUUGCCUAAUUCCACUCCAAAAUCAAAUCAUCAUCAUCACCAUAAGGAGGUGGGAGAAUUUGGAGAGGAUCCAUGGAGGGCCGAGAGGAUGAUUUACUUGUUUGGUGAGGAUGAGCUUGCCUAAGCCUAGCACCAAAAUGAGAGCUCACUCUGUACCAAGCUAGUUUUAAAAGGCUGAACGCAUAUCAUGUAGUCUCUUGAAAGUUGUAUUUUUUGGUUUGUUUCAGAAAUCAGAAUGCCUUUUACGUAUUCUUUGAAGUCUAAAACAAACAAAUUACUGAAAAUGUUCAUUUGUUUGUUUAACCUUGUUCUUUGAUCUUCGAUCUUCUUCCCACCCACU